AAUAAGUCCAAGAAACAAAACACUAUAAGAAGCAAACUCUGUAGCUCCCUCUCCUCAAGAAAACUCCCAUGGAAGAAAAAGAUCAAUCUCCCAUUAUUUUCAACAACAGUCAAACAAUUUCUUCUUCAUCUCUAAAAAAAAGACCAAUAACUUUAGCAUCAUCAAAACAAGAUACCAUUCACUACAAGAAAAUCAAAUCCUUUACUGAAAAAACCAAGAAAAUUGAUGACUCAAAACACCCAAUUUACCACGGUGUUCGAAAACGGAGCUGGGGAAAAUGGGUGUCUGAAAUUCGUGAGCCGAGAAAAAAAUCAAGAAUUUGGCUUGGUACUUUUACUACAGCUGAAAUGGCUGCCAGAGCACAUGAUGUUGCAGCAAUUGCCAUUAAAGGUCACUUAGCUUUACUCAAUUUCCCUGAAUUAGCCCAUCAAUUUCCUAAACCAGCUUCCAAAUGCGCUAAAGAUAUUCAAUCUGCAGCUUUAAAGGCUGCAGCUUUGGAUAUUUCUCCAAGAAAUUGUAUGGAAAAACAGAGUAAAGUUGAGUUAAUGGAAAUGCCCUCUUCUCCUGAUGAAGAAACUGAGUCAACAGAAUCAUCUUUGAGGAGUAAUAAUGAGGACCCUUUUCUUGAUUUGCCUGAUCUUCUUUUGGAUCUUACUCAAAAAUUUGAUAAAUUCUGUUACUAUAAUUCACCAUGGGAUUUGGUUGGAGCUGAAAGCAAUGAUUCUAAUUACUGUGAAUUUUGGCCUGAAGAAGAAAUCUAUUUGUGGGAUUACAGACACGGAACUGUGUCUGAAGUCCCAUAAGUGUAACAGUAUAAUUUUUUAACGAAAGAGGCUUUAACUAAAUUGAUGCAUGAAUAUUGAAGGUAUCUAAAUGUGGAAUUACAGCAAUGGAACUACAUUCGAAGUCCCAUAGGUGCAUCAGUAUAAUUUUUCGUCGAAAGAGAUUCAAGUUGCCAAAAAAUAAUUGAAGAUUAUGGAUGAAGUCUCUGCAGUAUGCUUAGCAACAAAAAGUGAAACUGAGUAAUUUUUGGCUUUUCACCUCAUUGAAUUCAUGAAAAUAGUAACUAGUAAAUGAAGUAAUGAACCUCUUGUCGUUUGAGGGAACCUUACAGCAACAAUAAGUUGUUUCCAUAUGAUAUUUGCAGUAAUAAUAAGUUGUUUUCGUAUGAUCUAUUGAUUGCAAUCCUUCUUCAAAUCCUAUUAAUUGAGCUCCUACUAAUUGAGCACCGACCUAUCGUGAAUCUCUCAUUGUAAAUAACUAAUGAAUAAAAUAUUUUCUUGAUUUUAAUUUUAAA